GAUGCAACUAUCAGAUCUUAGCGUUUGUAUGCUAUCCAGGAAGAAAGCACGGGGAAGCAAAACAAAAUGGCGACGAAGGUGACGAAGCGGGGACAGGUAAUGUUGGGCGACUUGCCCGACGAUUUUCUGCGGAUUGAAGCCACACCGCAACAGCUACAGGCUACUGCGGACAUGCAGGCAGCUCAGAUGUACGCUCAGUACGGCUUCAUGGGGCAGAGCUCAGGCCGGCUAAGCAUCACCGUUGCCCAGGCCAAGCUGGCCAAGAACUAUGGCGUAACACGUAUGGACCCUUACUGUCGUAUACGGGUUGGGCACGCAGUGUUCGAAACCCCAACGGCCUACAAUGGAGCCAAGAACCCACGCUGGAAUAAGGUCGUCCACGCCCCAAUCCCGCAAGGCGUCAACUCCUUCUACCUGGAGAUAUUUGACGAGCGGUCCUUCACCAUGGACGACAGAGUGGCGUGGGGCCACAUCACCAUUCCAGAGUCAGUGUUUAACGGGGAGACGGUGGACGACUGGUACACGCUGAGCGGGAGGCAAGGUGACGACAAGGAGGGCAUGAUCAACCUGGUCCUGUCCCACUCCACGGUACCCAUGAUGCAGCAGGUCCCGCAGGUCAUGCCACAGAUGCCGAUGAUGAUGGUGCCCCAGCCUGUGUACUAUCCUACUGUACAAGCAGGUGUUCCAUACCAAGUCCCCGCAGGCCAGAUGCCAGCCCAGCAGCAGCCACCAGCUCAACCCGCCAUCACGGAGGAAGACCUGAAGGCUCUACAGGACAUGUUCCCCAACAUGGACGCUGAGGUGGUGCGGUCUGUACUGGAGGCCAACCGUGGCAACAAGGAUGCAGCCGUCAACAGUCUGCUGUCCAUUACAGCUGAAUAGAAACUGAGUGAAAGCUCAUCUGUGUUGGUAGAGAAGAUGGUUCAAAAUUCUGAACUUUCAGUUUAACACAAACAAAAUGCACCAGUAUAAAUUCCUAAGUCUAACCAAUCCCUUCUUCAGGUAUACUGGCACACUCCCGAGUCUCUCUCGAGUCUCAUAUCAGAAAUGAGUGGAUCAGUAUUCUUGAGGAAAGCAAAGGAUUCAGUUGAUGAUUUGUUGUUAGUUAUUUCCAGUUAUGUGUUGAAACUAAAAGUUAAGAAUUGAAUCAGGUGAAUGUGGUUUAACUACAUAUGUAAAGAUGUAUUAUAUUAUGAUGUACUGCGGUGUCCUUUUUCUCUAAUCCAAUCCCAGUGCUAAUUGCUGCUUACAAGCUACUAGUAUAUGGUACCAAGUCACCAACAACUAAAAAAAUUGCUGGAAAAUUGGUUCAGGCUAAAUACACUUUUAUCGUCAGAAUUUCAGAUACAAGUAGACAUGCAUUGGUAAAUAGUUGUUGCAGGUUGCUCAAGUACCUGUUGCAGGUCAAAGAAAAAUAUAUAAAGAGGCUAGGCUGUUCCAUUAAAAAAGUUCAGGAGUAGUGGUGGAAACAUUGAAAAUAAAUAGAUCACCAAGUGUAUUUUAGAUAUCAUAAGUUUCAUAGCCUAUUCAUACAGAAGGAUGCUAGUUAGCUAAUGAAGGGGUAGGAAGUAGUUCAAUUUUCAUUUUUCCUCCAAUUGACUGCUCUUGUAAAACACAAUUUAUGCGCUCUGCAUGGUUGUUGUUCAAAUUCCUGAGUGUCCCUCCUCAUAAAGACUUUCAUCAGUGGGCAUUUACAAAGUCAAAAUGAAAGCAAAACAUUUUUCAGACCAGCCUCUUUUUUAUGUGGAACAGCCAAAAGCCAGAAAUUAUAUUGGGCUACUUAAGCAGUGGUAGAGUUGUUGGUGUUGUGAAUUCUAUAUUGAUGCUCAUAAUUUUGUCUUACUUUGUCUCUUGUGUAUUACCAACAUUUAUGAAUCCCCAAGAAUGUCAGGGAGCAUUGCUGGUGGGUAGCUAAUGCAAAGUAAGGGUAGUCUUAUGCAGUAACAAGUUAUGAUUGUAUAUACAUAUGAAUGCAAAAUUAGAUGAACAAGAUAAGCAUAGCAGUCUAUAAAGCAUAUUCUCUGAUGAACUUUUUAUGAACGACUUUUUGUUUUUAAGUACGGUAUUGGUAGAAAGUUACAAGACUUGGGAAACGUGUACUCAGUGUACACCUGUAGUGUCUUCCAUUCUUCUGUUACAUAGAUGAUAUCUGUCAUGUAAUUAAUACUAUUUCAAAGCUAAUGAGACUGCCAUCUAAAUAAACUAUGAAUCAGGUA